AUGGCCAAGCUCAACAAGCAACGGUCCUCCAUCGAUGGUCUAGAAGUCCUUAUCGAGCGACAGACAGCGACAAUCCUUUCCAUGACAAAUGAGUAUAAUAUAGUCUACGGCAUCAUCGAAAACGUCAACAUGUUGCUGCCAUCCGUCCUGAAGAAGUUUGGCAAGCCUUUGAACGAUCGCCUCCCGGAAAUAAGGGCCAGAAUCCGAAGUGACUCUGAAUUGAAGCUUGUGGAGCACCUGAGCGACCUUGAGACUGCGAUGAAGAUACAUCGUGCAAGGUAUGAGCUGGAAGGAACGUUCGAUCACCAGUGGGAGUUCUUGAUGAAGUUCAUUGCAGCCGUUCUUAAUGCUCAUCCCGACGUCAAAGAGAUUGCAAAAUCCAUCGAUGACACUUUCGUCCGGCUUGCGGAGCAGGUGAUCCAACCCACCAAGGCGCCGACAACCGCGCCCGCCCCGGCGGUCACAACACAGGAGGUGCCCCCAAAGGCUAAAUGCGCCUUUGGAUACCAUUUCCUGGUGGCAGAUAGCCAGGCUGACUGCCGCGACUAUCUCGACGGAUGCGACAAGUUCGCGGAACUGACGACCGAGAGAAAGACAAGGCUUUGCGGACAGCUCGGUUUGGCUGCAUACAAGCAGUCGAAGCAGUCAAAGGCGAAGGCAGAGUCGAUUACGUGUCGGCACUGUGGUCGCGACUUCACCAAAGCACAGUCUCAAUGGUUAUAUGACGUUCAUCUCAAGAAAUGUAAAAAGGGCGCCCCCAGCCUCGAUGAUCUUCCCGGCUCGAGCACACCGGGACCAAAGACUCCCGUCACCACACCUUCCGGACGCGUCCUCGUGAACGAGCACGGUUGGCAGAAUACCGGGGCAGCAAGAAAUGCAGAGACAUCAGUCUUUGUUCCUGGUGGCCUUGGGUUUAGUAAGCAUACGCGAUAGAUUCUACAAGGCUCUAGGUCCUUGGCCCGUUGAAGGGAGCAAGGAUAUUGAGCAGAAAGAAAGAGGCGGAGACUAUACCAAUCAGUGCGACACCACUAAACUAGGUGUCGUCAUUGAUAGCGAGGUAUAGGACGGAUUGAGUGCGGUGGAAUGAUGAUUCUGUUGGAAUCUUUUGGGUUUGCGAUGGCGUUGAUGGAGCAAUUAGUGUUUCGAUACCCGUAGGAUGAUCUCAAAGUUUGGCAGCACACACCGGUAACAAAGCC